UCUCGGUCCAUCAGACAGCCAAGUGCUUGCUGCAUGCUGCACUGCUCCACAGCAUCACUGGCCGUGUGUGUGUGUGUCUCUAAACCUCCAGUGCUGCUCGUCUAUACGUUCAGGAUGUGUGGCGGGUGGCCUGUGCUGUAAACGAAAAUCGACACUCCGACACUCCCACUGCAAGUCUCCCGGUCAGACUCAGCAGCGGCUCUGGGAUGUCUUCCCCAGGAUCCGCCAGCGGCAGCAAGAGGGAUUCCUCGGAGCUGGAGCAUCGUCAGAGAGUAACGGAGGCAGAUCCUGUCCCACCGCAGGUAAAGCUAAAGGACAGGCAAAAGUUUUUUGAGGAGGCUUUUCAGCAGGACAUGGAGCACUACCUGUCCACAGGAUACCUACAGAUCGCAGAGAGAAGAGAGACAAUAGGAAGCAUGUCGUCAAUGGAGGUGAACGUGGACAUGCUGGAGCAAAUGGACCUGAUGGACAUGUCUGACCAUGAGGCACUGGACGUCUUUCUCAACUCUGGGGGCGAGGACAACAGUGUGGCUUCCCCGAUGCUGGGUCCUGACGUGGAGUCGUUCACCUCUGAGAUCUCUCUUCAGGUGCCCACACAGGCCGACUUGAGACACAAGCUGGCGUCGCUGUCCUCCACCUGCACGGACUCAGCCAGCCAGGACACGGAGGCGGGAGAAGAGGAGGAGGAAGAUGAUAAUGAUGAGAGGGGACCAGCAGCCAUCCCCGACUCUCCGCUUGUCCAGCCAGAUCAGGAAGAGCUGGAGGAGAAUGCCACGUUAACCUAAAGAGAACGAAACCAGGCAAUCAAGAACUGUGGGAGCAGCAGCUCAUCCUAAAAAAAAACAGAGGAUGAACAACAGACUGUUAAAAGAAAAGUGAUGCAGUUAGAAGUGUGCUAUGCACUCACGUCCAAAGGAAGAGUGUGUGCACUGGUGUUUAAUGAAACCCUUUUGGUUUUUAUAAAGAAAUUCUGUGUCGUGUGCUGUGCAAUGUGAAGCCCGAUCCUGUGCCUGCCCUCCAGAUCAAUAAAUAUCUUUUAUUCUGUUGGACGUUCACUGCAUACAGCUGAUCUGCUGUUUGCCCCUCUGUGCCACUGAUGUGUUACAGUGUUAUAAAAUAUGUCAUUAUCUAUAUUAUAUUCUUUCCACUCUACAACUAGUUUGAUCGGUUUCACAUCUUGUAAAUCCAUACCUGGAGUAUUUCCAGCUUUAGAUUACAAAUGUACAAAAAUGUAUUCAAAAGGGAUGUUUCUGUCGUGAGGUACACGUCUGUCUCUGUAUGUAUAAAGUCAAUACUGCUUUAGAAGCC